CGUGGUCUUCGGGGCAUGGAGGGCGUGGUCUGUUCGGUCCGUGGGCGUGGCUGCGGGGAUUGGGUCACGUGACGCGCCGGUGUCACGUGACGGCGGCGGGGAGAUCCCGGGCGGCGUGAGCGGAACGAGCGCCCCUCUCCGAUGCGGGGUCCCCUCCUGGCGGCCGCGGGGGGGGCCAUGGGUGGCCCGGGGGGACCCCUGGCCCGGGCCAUCCGCGACAAGCUGACGGCGGCCCUGCAGCCCACCCACCUGGAGGUGCGGGACGACUCCCCCCGCCACGGGGGCCCCCCCGGCGCCGAGACGCACUUCGGGGUGCUGGUGGUGAGCGGGCGCUUCGCGGGGCUCCCCCCGCUCCAGCGGCACCGCCUGGUGCACGAGGCGCUGCGGGACGAGCUGGCCGGGCCCCUGCACGCCCUGCAGAUCGUCGCCCGCACCCCCGAGCAGUGGCAGAGCGACCCCCAGGCCCCCCCGGCGCCCCCCUGCCUGGGGGGCUCCAAGCGGGACAAGGAGAAGAAGAAGGAGGAGGAGGAGGAGGCGGCCGGGCAGCAGUGACAGCAACGCGGGGAGGGGUGGCCAGAACCCACCCUGGUGUCAGCGUGGGACCCCCAGGACUCCCACCCUGGUGUCAGCGUGGGACCCCCAGGACUCCCACCCUGGUGUCAGUGCAGCAGGAGGGGGGGCAGAAAUAUGGGGCUGAUCCCCCCCCCAUCAUCUCCAGUCCCCCCAUAUCACACUCAACCCCCCCCCAUCACCCCCUGUCCCCCCCCAGGACCCCCCACACACUCCCUCCCCCUCUCCCCACUCCCACCCUUGGGGGGGGGAUUUUUGGGGUGUCCCUCCCCAUUUAAUUUAAUUUCCAAGUGAAUUCACCCUCCCGCCGCCCCAAAACCAAAUAAACGUGUUCUUUUGAAGGGA